AUGUCGACCGACUCAAACUCCAACGACUCCGCGACCACCGACGCCGUACAGUUUACUGCGAAAUUCUGGGACAACUCUCCCAAAGGCAAAGCCGCGAGCAGAGUGUUCCUGAAGACGGUGGGCGGCUGUGUCGCGCUGCUCUCGCUUGGCAUAUUUGCUGUCUUUUCGAUCUACUGGGGCUCGUUAUGGCAGUCGCCAGACCAUCCGCUGCAGGGCUGGGUCGUGGUAAGUUGCACGACUUCGACGGCGGGGUGGUGGGGGCGGUCUGUAUCUGCUGCGCUGACCGCGACACAUCCUGGGCAUGGAGGAAUACACUGGAAUGCCUUGAGUGCUAGCAAUUUCCGUGGCGGCAUCUCCCAACUCGAGAAAGACGUCUCUCAAGAGAAGGUGUGGUAUGCGGUUGCAAUUAACGCCGGGGCCAGUCAAAACCUAAGCACAGCCCUGGCAUCUGCAGACGGGUCGUACAACUCAUCCAAUGCGAUAACCUUCAUCGGCAACGAAGCUUCGAAACGAGAACAUAUACUGGAAGCCGUAACGAGUGAAUUUGCGCUCGCCUUCCUUAAGAAUACUUCAUUGACCGGCAAUCUGUCCCAACUGCUGCAGAACGCGCCGGGGUUAGUUUCGCAUCCCAUCUAUUUCACCAUUCACAAUCUCCAUCCCUUCGACGUCCCUGUCGCUGGGGCUGUCACCUUUGUCGGCCUCAUUUACCUUAUGAUCCUCGCGUUCUUUAUCGUCAAUGCGUCUUACGUUGGGCGAAUCACCUCCGGCCUCGAAACCCGACUUUGCCUCGACUCCAUCAUACACACGCGGCUCAAUACGGCCUACGUCGCAUACUUUAUACUCUCGCUAUUCUACACCCUGCUCUGCCGCGCUUUUCAGCUCCCGUUCGAGCGGCACUACGGCCACGCGGGGUUCAUCAUCUUCUGGCUGCUGCACUACCUCGCGAUGCUCGCCUGUGGCCUCGCGCUGGAGGCCGCGCUUACGCCUCCUUACAUCCAGCUUCGCCCCCUACUUCCUCAUAUUCUGGAUCAUCAUCAAUGUCGCGUCUGUGUCUUCCCCAUCGACGCCCUCCCGCAUAUAUACCGCUACGGCAUCGUCUUCCCCGCGUACAAUGUCUCGCGCGGCGUGCGCGCGAUCGUGUUUGGGACGAAAAACGACCUUGGCAUUAAUUUCGCUGUGCAGAUUGUCUGGGUCUGCAUCUCCAACGCAAGCGUGCCGAUUCUUCAAUGGCGCGUGCGCCGCUGCUGCGAGGCCGAGAGUCAGUCGGGGUCGGAGAAACUACCAACAGCGGCAUGA